AGACGCGCUAUGUAAACUUGUGCGGCUUGUAGCAGGUUCGAGACUUAACAACAUCAACUCUUUAUUUGGAUUAUCAAUCUCGCUUUCACGUCACUUUUAGUCGUUUUCAGUUGCUUUUUUUUGUUAUAAGUAAGUACGUUUUGUGCGCUGCUGAAUCUUUGGCAUACUUUUUUAUUCCAGAUAAGUUCAUUUACACUUUCCUAGCACUCUAGGUAACAUUGUCCUAGGCGUAAACCCUCUAAAUUAGUAUGAAAAAUUUUGAUUUGUAUUCGGAGUUAUAAUUCAGUGCUGAGAAUCGAAGUUAGGGCUUUCAUAACGAACCCAUGUAUGAAUGAACGGAAUGCUCGUGUCAUGCAGGUUUCACACCAAGCCAUCAAUUCUUGUAGCCGGUUACCUGAAGAAAUUAGACACACUCUUACAUCGAGAUACGAAUCAAAUGGAAUCUUCCUUUUGAAAACUGAAUUCUAAAUUCUCAGUAGUAAAGUAUUAGUUCUCUGAGUUUUUAGUUUCUAGUCACAGAAAUUCCUUCUUCUUAAGUUGUUAAAUAGCAUGUUGCUCCGUUGAGGGCUUUGGAUUUUCAUAAUUAGCUUGUGAGUUUCAUCGAAGAAAUGGACGUACUGACCAUGCGUCCUCAAUUAUCUAGUCAACAACUUACCAAAUAAAUGCGGAACCCAAUAAGUCAUACAACUUUUUGACUUGUGCCAUGCGAUUUCUACGUCAUUUUUCUUACAUCAAACCCGAUUUAAUUCUGGCCUUGUUAACAUGUUAACCAGAUCCGGUUAGUGAUGACAAAAAGCGUGCAUUAGUCCUGGUGAUGAGACCCAGCGUACACUACUUUAAUUUGAAUACAUAUUUGAUGAGAGCUGUUGCCGUCUGCUUAGAUGGUAAGUUAUGCCUAAUGGAGACAUCAAGUAGAAUUCAACUGAUAAAUGGUUCUCAGAUUUGUGAACGUUUUCAUCUAAGAAAUUUCUGUAUUUUGAACGACAAUAGAAAUAUGUAUGUCAAGUACAAAACCACUAAAUAAUUAUAGAAUUUCAGUCAGCUCACCUCAAGGCUUUUUGUCUGAUACAGGCAAUAGAUUUAUUUUAGCAACUUCGCCGUUGUAUCGGGGCUUCAAGUUUUCAGGGAUUUUGUCAAAGUUCCUAUAACUCGCUACUGCCUUUAUAAAUUGCUCUGGUUCUAAGCCAAUAAACGCUGGGAUGUCAUAAAUACUUUGGUAUCCAGGCUAAUGAACACUGCGUAUCUCUUGGGUCACGACCUUCAGCACUUACCUGUUGUAAGUCCAGACGAAUAAUUACAGACAUGAUGCAGAUGUAUUCGCUCGUUGUCCACCAUUAGAUCCUGAGUUUUAAUAUUUCUUAUACCCCUUAUUCGGCGAGUUCGUUCCCCAAUCAUGUUUGUAUAUCCCCAAUCUUUUUUACUACCAUCACUGUUACCGGUCUUAUUAGUUUCAACAUGCUAUGCUAAUGUGUGAGGACUGAAGCCGGUGGAAAAUGUAUGCCAGGUUUAGUGUUACUUAUCCCUGACCGACCUAUCAGCUACUAUCUGAGUUUCCUAUACCUAUAAUAUCAUCUACAUAAUUAUAUCAACAGCGUGUAAUUCAACGUUAUUUGAUAUGUUUCUUGCCUUAAUGGUCAUUAUGCUUCGUUUUACUCCUGCUUAGAAUUAUCGAAUGUCAGACCAUCCUGCUAAUUUGUCUAGAUUCCUUUGAAUUCCUGUCAGUGUAUAUUUCUUUACUCGUUGCCCUAUUAACCAUAAAUUGAAGUCUAGUUGCUUGUUGUGGUAAAUAUUUAGACCAGCUUCCGUGAAGUAAUGAAGAAUUUCGACUAAUAGUUGUUUUCAUUGCUUAUACCGCUAAUUUUUUGAUAACGAGCAACUUAAAUAAUCAUUUUAUUUGUGGAGUAUUUUUUCAUAGAAGUGAUUUUCUACAUCUGAAUUAUGUAAGUUGUCCAAAUAUUUUUGCUUUUGAUACGUAGGAUUCAAAAAUGGAGUGGGAUAGCGAAAGUGCGCUACAGGGGUUUUUAAUAACGAUGAUCGUCUGCAUAGUAUCCAGUGUGCUUUAUUUAAUGUUCAGGAAUACUUUGUUCCCUCACCGUAUUUCUGUCCAUCAUGAUUCAGAAAACUUAGCCCACAGGAGAAAGAAAAAUGACGUAAAAAAGUCGAAGAAAGUUAAAAAACGGAAAGUGUUAGUUGAUUCUCAACAAACUGAAGAAAUAGAAACGGACAAAACUCAAACGUCAGACGACACAACUGGUGAGGAGGAUGAACAUUUAUCAGACGUGCUUCUUGACGAUUAUUCAUCAAGUAGCAGUGAGCAGUCAGUUGAAAGACCUAUCCAGCCAGUGUUAUAUGAAGAAAACUGUGGUAAGGGAGAUUCAGAACUCAUUGAUACUUCUACUCCUAAGAUCGAACAAUCUUAUAUCGAAGGUCCCAGUUUAGAUUUUUCACAAGCUACAUUAAAUAGAAAUCAGAGUGAGGAUUCAGAUUCGAUUGUUUCUCCAGGUUCUUCAGAACGUAGUCCAACCACAGAUAUUCUAUCUCCAGUAAAUGAUUCGAAAGCUCCUCUCACUAAGUCCAGAAAGUCAAAGCGUCGUUCAGGCAAGCGGUCGGUCAGAUAUGCGGAUUUGUCUAAAGAAGCUUUAUUUGUUGAGCCUGCUAACAUGGAACAUUCUUCAGAAUCAUUAGAAAUAUCAAAAACUGACUGUGCUAAGCCAUAUAAAAUGGGUGGAAAACAGGAAUCAUCAAGUGACUCGACAUCAACAUUGGAGUUGCGUACGACAAUCAAAGAAUUAGAAGGACAAUUAAAGAUUAGUGAAACCAAGCUGGCAGAAACCUCCCAGUGGGCGAAUUCCCUAGUUGAAGAAAACAAGCACUUUCGUACGAAGAAAGAUGAAUCUUCUCUAAGUUUACAUGUACUGCAAAUGCAAUAUAAUGAACUCCUAAGAACGAAUAAAACACUCGAAAACCAGAAGAAUUUGCUGAGUGUAAAGUUAAAAAAUACUGAAACUGAAAACUGUGAUCUGCAAAAACGUUUAGACCAGACAAAUGCAGAUACUUUAAAGGUAAAAAAGGAGGCUGAAUUGGAAUUGUGUAAUUUGCGAGAACAGUUAACAAAACACGAAACUCAAUUGACUGCAAUGGCUAAGGCUGUGGCUGCUUCUACUCCAUCGAUUCCUACUGGUCCUAUACCAGAACUUAUUCGUGCUCAGGAAUUAGCGCAAGCUAUGUCCAAUGAUAACUGUUUAUUAAAAUCACGUAUUGAGCAAUUGGAUUCAGAAUUGACCCAAUUACGCCAAACAAAUAUGAGACAACAACAAGAUUUACAGGUUUUCCGGGCUGAAAAUCAUAAAUUACAUUCAGAAAAAGAAACAGCUCUGGAAGAACUACGUAUUAAACGACAAACAGAACAAGUAGAAAAUGAUACUGUACAUAUGGAGUUAAAACGUCGUUGUCAUGAUCUAGAACUAGAGAAACAAAAAAACCAGGAGUUGUCUAUUUCUCUAUCUGAGGUAAGAGCUGAACUAUCACGAAGUUUACAGAAAGAAAAACGUCAGUCUGAAAUUAUUAGUAGUCUUGAAUAUCAGUUUGCUGAAUUGAAUGUACAAAAACAAUGCCUACUUGAUAAUGCUAAUCAAUCAAAAUUAGCUUAUGAAACAGCAUCUAGUGAAUUAAGAGCACAAGUGGCAAAUUUAUCCAAUGAUUUAAUACGUGUUACUAAUGAAUUAAAUAAUACUGAACAAAAAGUUUACGAAUUAACAUACCAGCUGGAAUCUACAACAAAAUCAUCUAAUAAUAAUAAUUUAAAUGGUGAACCAGUCAUAAUUAAUAUUAAAUCAGACGAAACAUGCAUUAAUAAACAAGAUGAACAACAUGAAAACGAAUUAUUACAUAUUAGUAAUAAUAAUAUUUAUGAAGAUUUACGUAAUCGAUUAUCCGAAGUUGAAACUAAUCUUAAUGUUGCUGAAAAAGAACGUGCCAAAUUUUACAAUCUUUAUCAAUCUGCAUUAAAUGAAGUGGAUCAUUACAAGUCGACUUUAAUACAAACCGAAGACGUUUUAGCGAAACUAGAAGAAUCCGUUAAACAGACAGAAAGUAAAUGGCGUCAACUUUUAUCAGAAAGUGAAUUCGAACAGAUUCAACUUCGUAAACAAUUAUCAGAAUCUCAAUCAAUGUUGAAAGAUGUAAGUUGUUUACACUAAAACAAAUUAUUCUGUACAUUUCUAAAUAUUUCUUGUUUUAUGUUCACUCUGUCUAUUUAUGCACCCGAAUUAAAUGCUCAAGUGUCUGUUGUAGCAGUUAUUGUAACUUGGUUUUAUGUGGAACCCUUAACAGUCUACCUAACUCACAUCGAUCAACUUGUCCAACUCUCUGUGUUGGCGAAUAAACCGCUUUUCGCAGCCUAUCUGAACCCUACACUGUUUACUUUUUAAUAUCACAGGAAAACUGAAUCAAGCCGAUGAAGGAGUACCUGCACUAAAAAUUUAUAAUGUUGGAAAGAGGCAAAAGAAGUCAAAAACACGUAAACCGGCAGACCCGUCUAAUUUGUUUACAGUAGUUGGAUUAAAUACAGAAAAAACUUCAGAGAAUAUUCAGCCUAUCGAACAGAGAAUAUAAAUAUCUAUGAAAAUAAGCAUUUUUAAUAACUAGUUGAGCAUGUCAAACUCCAUGAUUUCAUUAUAUUUACACAUUUGCAUACUUUCUGUUAUUAUAUUAAUAUUAUCCGUGUCGAUUCAUUCUGCAUAUACUUAUAUUGAUAUGCCCGAAGGCGGUUGUGUUCAUGUAGCUCUUUGCAUUGUUUCGCUUUUUUGCUCCCUUUCUUACUUACUAUUUUGAACACUUUGUUUUUUGUUUUCUCUAUCUCUCGCGUCACUUUCAUGUGUUAUUGAACUUUAUCAGGUCAGUAUUAUUUAUUUUAGCGUUUUGUUUUCAUGAAUAAAAUCAUUGCACAAAAAUACAUUAUUUUGUGCUUAUUUGUUUGGUAAAUAAUCCAUUGGGUCUUGUCGAACAAUCCAAAUGUUUCUAUGAAGGAGUGAAGGUUUAGUGUUAGUUACUGUUUCUAUUGAUAGGGGGAAGGUUCUAGGUCAAUAAUUUGUUCCCUUUACAAGAGAACCAGUAUUAUUAUAUCAUAUAGCCCGUCAAUUAUCGCAUGGUAAGAUCACCAAUCAGAACAUCGACUUAUACAACUUUGGCCUUGUGUCAAACCAAUGACGUGUUGACCAGCACGAACAGCCUACAGUCAACUCUGAGUCCUUAUUGGUUCUUUUCACCUAGUCCUGUUUGUUGAUUUCAGAACACCAUCUCAGCUACCACUGUAUGAAUCAUGUGUUUCAGACAUACGCAGUUUAUGUAUAAGCGAACCAGACCGCAUCACAUCACAAAAUAGAAAAUAACAAUUAUACACGAUUAAGCCAAAAGUGUCUGUGAGUGAGAGAUUGUAAUUAAUAAGUCGGAAGUAAGUUAAGAAUGGUAAAUCGUAUGGGAAUAGCCAAUAGGACAAACGAAAGGAAUUAGAAUAUAUGUAUACUUACUUAUUAAUUAUCCAGUAGGAAUAUUUACAAUGAUAGUCCAUUUAUAAUUCCUAACAGUUAUUCUUCAUUAAGAUAUAUCAGGUUUCCUAUCGAUUUUUAAAAGAUGAAUGAAGUAAAUAUCCAAUGCUUCCCUAAUUCAUAUCAAUUCGUGAUUUAACCUACUUCUAAUCAUAAAAAGAAUCAGGGAACAUAUUCAGUAAAAGCGGACAUCAAAAUCGUUCUAUUCAGCUAAUUUCUGCGUAUCACGUUAUCAUACCAAUGUUUAGUAUGUUUAUGUUAAAUAAAGUAUUGAAAUAAGAAAAAUACAAACACCUGGUUUCAAAAAAAUAAUUUAUCACCUUUUUGUUUUAAUUAUUCGAACGUUACUGUUGUUGUUUUUCACUUUUUUUUUUAAUAGAAGUAAAAUGUUUUAUGACAUGAACACACUUUUAUAUGAAUAACUAUUUACAAUUUUCACUGUUACCACCCAUUUCUCUUUUGUUUUUAUUUUGUUUCCUUGCAUCAUUCUCAUGUGAUUUACAUGUGAUCAAAUUCUCUUUCAUAUUUCACAAGGUUAUUUCUUUAUUAACCUUAUAACGUUGUAUCUAUAAACUGUUAUAAGAAUACUUGAAUAUUUAAGAAAUAAUAUUUACUGAAAUCUCUGAAUAGUUUCACUUGUCCUUCAAUUAAGAAAAACAACUUUAAGUAAAGUUUAUUGUGUCACAAUAUUGUUUGAACUAUUAAGGAAUCAAUCAUAGCAUUUGUAGAAACAUUCUACAUAUCUCUACUGAUAAAUUCCUGACUGUAACUGUACUGAACAAGAACACGAGUGGGGGACACUCCGAUGUAAUUGACAGAAAAUUACAGAACUUGUUAAUAAAAUCUAACAAUCAUAUAAUAAAUGCUUAAUUUGCAAAAUAUCCACAAAUUGUCUUAAAAUAACUCGGACUUCAUUGUUUUUGC